UUUGUUAGAUCUACCAGAUUCGGGAUCCCAAUGGUAGCCGCUGCCGUUCUCAUGAGCGCUCCGGCCAUGAACGAGCCCAGACGUCGUUUCUAUGAGGAUGAGGAACAUGUCACGCCGAUUCCAGGCACCAUAACCGCUCCUUCCGGUACUGAGUUGGAGAUUUUGGGUCAAAACACCUUGAUAGACGGAAUCUCAGUGCGCUCCCCAUCCUUCUUGCAAAGCUCGUUCAGAGCCGUCAGAUUGCGCCUCAACAGCUUCUUCGAGUCCGUCGAGAGCCUGACCCACGAGGUUGGCACCCAGUACUACAACACAGAGAGAAAGGUCACGUCGACCUUUUCCGAGUUGCGCAGCAGAGAUGAGGAUUUGCUACCAAACUCGCUCUAUGUGGUCACCGCAUUCUUGUCUGGUGGGAUUGUGGCCAGAAGGAGAGGGAUUGUUGCCAGAGCUGUAGCUCCGGUGGUGUUGGGUCUUGCUGCGUUCAAAUACUUUUUGCCACAGACUUUCAGCAACACUGCUCGCUUCAUCUGGAGCUGGGAGAAGCAGCAGGUGCCAGAACUCGCCGCGAAGCAGGAGGAGGCUGUCAAAACCUUGGAAGGUUUCUCUGAGUCCGUGGAAAAGUCCACUGGACUGGCAUUGUCUGCCGUUGAAGGCCAGGUCCAAGGUUUCAGAAAGUCCAUUGCUAAUGUCACUGGUUUGAACUUAGACGAGGAAGUUUCCAAGAAAAACUAGGGCAGUGGGUCCCAUGUGUAUAUUGAACCAAGCCUGGAUGAUAGCGCAGGCUGUAGGGGUAUGGGUCUGUGGAUGUAGCCAGCCGAUUAAUCUGUACUAGUGUGUAUCUUGGCUGAUUUUUGAGGUAAGGGAGCAUAAUUUGUAUACCCCUGGAUUCGGAAUUUAAGUGGUUAUAGCCCCAAAACUAGCCACCAGUAUCGUUGCAAGAAAAAUGAAUUGAUAAAUCAUAAGGUUGUAUUAUUUAAACCCGUAUCUUUCGGGCUAUAGUACCUUUAGAGGUUUACUGAUACUCCUUGUCUUUUACAUCCAUGGCAG